UGCUGACCACUAGUUUACAGGGUUUAUUGUAAUUUUGCUUCAUUUCACUCCAAAACUGUGAGAAUAAACUGGGACUUGUUUGGGUUUCAACAAGUUCCUGUGUGUGAACAUGGUGACAGUCGGCAUGUUGCUGAUUGUCCUCUUUGUUCCAGCUGCUUUGGCUGAUUGUCCUGAUGAAGCACACCUCUUCAUAAAUGCAUCAAAGAAGCUGGAAGCACUGAGUGGAUCUUGUUUGCAAAUCCCAUGUAGCUUCAGACCCAAAGAAGAACAGAAAUUUAUCAGCACAAGAAAAAAUUUUGGAGUGUGGAUUAAAAACAAUUCUGAUAUUACCAAAAACAAAAACAAUGUGAUCUUCAACAGUAGUGGAGCAGUUAGCAACUAUCCAAUGAGUAUUACUGGGAACCUGAGUCAGAAAGACUGCACCACUCUGUUUUCUAAUUUAACCACAAACUACACAGACACAUACUUCUUCAGAGUAGAGAGUGAAACAUUCAAGGCGACAGCUUCUUGUGAUCAUCUUCAAAUAACAGUCAGAGAUUCUCCUUGGAGGCCCAAUAUUACAAUCCCAGGUGAUCUGAAGGAGAAGGAGUCUGUCACUAUAACCUGCUCAGCUCUCACUCCCUGUCCACACUCCCCUCCUCAACUCACCUGGAAUCUCACACAAGACUCUCAAAACAAAAUAGAGGAAAACACAGAUGGAAACUUUACAACUAAAAUCCAGCAGACCAUCACUCUGUCAGACACACAUGAUGGAAAGAAGAUCAGCUGCUCUGCCAGAUAUCCUGUGAACCAAGGAAAAGACACCAAGACAGCAGAGACAGAAGAGACUCUCGGUGUUUCUUGUAAGACAAUCAGAGUUUGUUGUUGAACCUGCCAGCUCAUC